AUUAGAAAAAGAAAAAAAAAUCUCUAAUAAAUUUUUUGUUGCAACUCAUAUUAAUUUACAGUAAUCAUAUUAUAUAUUCAUUAACCUAAAGUUGAGGUUGCAUAGCAGCAUAGGAUUAGAGACUCUGGUUUACAGAGAUGGCGGAAGAAGAAGAAGAAGGUGGGAUUGGGAAGCUAAGCAUUUACAAAGCAGCAAGAAGCAUUAAGAGAAGAGACAACACUUUAUACAACGCACUCAAAUCCAUCUACCACGACUCCAUCUUCAUCGGCGAGAUUUCUCAGCUAUGGCCUCAGCUUCCUCUUGUCGCCAACCUUCGUUGUGGUCUCUGGUACUCCUCCAAUUUCCAUUCCACCUGUUACUUCAAAUCCACCGAUGGCCACACCAACAACUGCUCCUUCAACACCUCUCGCCUCAACCUCCACCUCGCUCACCUUGCUGGACAGAAGGGUGGGUGUAUGGUUGUUGAUUCAACUCGAAGAGGAAAGCGCUUCCCUGACAGCAUGUCUAAAACUAUACCCAUUUGGACCUGUGUUCUCAAUAGGGCCAUUGCCAAUUUCAGGAGGGACUUUCAUGGUGAUUCAUCAUCACCUGAAUUGAUCCAAGAUUCUAAUGGCUGUGAAUAUGAUGAGCCUGCUAAGGUUGCAAGAGAUGUGUCUUCUGAUUGGGAUUGCUCCUUGCAUCUUCCACUUUGGGUUUCUGGAACAGAGAAAGCUUCCAUUGAGGAGCGGUUAGAAGAAUGGACUGAAAGACUAAAAGCAAGUGGAGCUGACAUUGCUACCCUUGCUGCAUGCUUGAAGAAACCUUUACGCCCUCUAUGGAUUUCACAGAAAACUGUCAUCUGGUUAAAUGAAGUACCUCACCAUGAUUCUUGGGAUUUCACGCCCGUCAUACUUGUGUCUGCAUCCUCAACAAUUGGCAUAAGCCAACACAGGACUACCUCUGAGUUUAGCUGGAAUUACAUACCAGGUGCCGGAGAUGAUGAAGAAAGCUGGGCUAGGGGUUUAUCUCCUGCUCUCUUCUGGAAUCAUGUAUAUGACCUUAUAAACUCAGGUCCUGAUGUGUGUAACCAUAAGGUUGCAGAUAUAGUUGAAAAGAGUAGAGUACAACGAGCUUAUAGGGGAGAAAUUGCACCCCAGAUCAGAGUAAAAUCCCUUAACUCAGCUUUCCUUUCACAGGAAGAACCAUCGCUAGUUUCUGACAUUUCAAACAUCAAAAUUUACCCUGAGUCUUCUGAUGACUUCGCAAUGUCUUGGUUGGGUUCGUCUAAUUUGGCAGUUGGCACAUCUCAAAUUGCUGUAGAUGCAGCUGAUGUUGAUUGCAUAUUGAAUUGUGAUUGUGAAUCCAUCACCGUCAGUCUUCCCAGUGCUGGAGCAUAUUUGCAUCUUCCAAUGCUGACUUCAAAGUUUGAUCGAUUUUCCUUGUUAAACAAUCUUCCCAAAGCAGUGAGCUUUGCAAAAUUCAAUCUUGGCCAAGGAAAAAGACUGCUAGUUUGUUGCAAUAAUGGUGAAGACAUUAGUGUUUGUGUAUGCUUAGCAAUUUUGAUGUCAUUGUUUGAUGAGAAAGGUAAUUUUGAUGAUGGGAAAUCCUUCAAUUUAACACAAGUCACAAAAUGGGAUAUAAGGCGACGGCUUGUAUAUGUGUGUAAGUUCGCUACAAAUGCUCGACCUUCCAGGGGGAAUUUGAGGCAAGUUUUUAACUUUCUUAUUGGUGGAAAAUGCAUUCAACAUCUGGAUGCUGCAAGAGAUGAGUAAUUACAAGGACAUGUGAAUAUCAUUGGUCAUUUCUUUGGCAUCCUCCACCAGAUAUCUCCCACCACUCUCAUUGCUGCUCAGCACCCUCUACCACCGUCACUGUUUCCGCACGCCCUCCAUCAAUACUUUCGUGGGUACCAUGCACUGCUGCUGUCCCACGACACCCUCCACCACCACCGCCGCCCAGCACCCUCGGCAUUCAUCGUUGGGAGUGAGCAUGGGAUUCGUUGGCACAAGUGUUACAUUGUUACUUGUCUUUCGACUUUUUUUGACAUUUCUAAUGAUAUUAUGGUAUUGAAAUUGAAUGUAGUCAAUUUAAAUUUAUAAUAAAAAUUAUAUGUCAACAUUGCUAAGCCCAA